UCCCAAAUCUAUUUUUAUUCCCAUUCCCAUCAAACAAACAAACUUUUUUCUUGAAUUGGGAUUAAAACUCUCAAUCCCACCCUCAAUUCCCACAUACCAAACACCCUAGGAGUUAGUCCCCUAAUCCAAAUUCGAGCUUACCCUUAAUCCAAAUUCGAGCUUACCCAAAAUCCUCACUUCACAAAAUUUAUCUCAUAACUUCAUCUUCUUCCUCUAAACUUCCACCAAUUUUAUUCUUUCUUUCUCAUAAUUUUGAAAAAAAAAAACUUCAAAUUAAGAUAAAUUUGCCAUAAAUAAAAUUGAAAUGUCAAAGAAAGGAGGUGGAGUAGGGCUUCAAAAGGAUGCUCCUUGGAGGGCUUCUCAAGGGAAACCCAUUCCCAAAAUUCACCAUUCCCCUGUUCUUCGCAUUCCUCAAAAUCCCUUUUCCAAUUACGCUGUUUCCAUUAUGAGGGACUCAAAUCCAGUGGGAAAUGGGUUAGCUGUAGAUGCUGUAUUGGAGUCUGCAGGACCAGAUUGCAUUGUUCCUGGUCAGGCUACACCUGUUAAAUUGCUUGGUUUAAAGGUGUGGCCUAUAGAAGUUGAUUUGAAAUUCAUGGAGCCAGUUGGGCGGGAACUCAAGAAUAUUGGGAAGUUUAUGGAUUCUGCGGUGGAUCUGAUGAACAAGUCAUUCAUUGAUCGUUAAUGAUUAUUUAACAUUGAGAAAUAAGAAUUAUUGCGGAGGUCCUCAUCUUAUUGGCUGACUCUUGGUUGCUGGUACUGCAUAUUUUUUUUCAAGUAGAUGAGCUGUGGGUUACAAAGCUGAAGAUAAUAUAACCUGUCAGGUAUACUUGAAGAGGCUAUUGUUUCAAUAUGGAGUUACUUGUUUAUCUGUUUAUCUCUGUCAUUUGUCAAGGAAUUUUCUCAGCGUGAUGUUACAUAAAUGUAAUAUGCUAUUAUUUGAAUUACGAUGGUGAAAUUUUGUUGGUAAAUAUGUUCUGCCCUGAA